AUGUUAGGGGAGCUGUGCCCUUGUGUGAAAAAUAUCCUUCUACUGGAUCUUGAAGGGAAGCGUGUGGCUGCCAAGUAUUUUUGUGAUGACUGGCCAACUAAUGGUGCCAAAGAAGCUUUUGAGAAAGCUGUGUUUAACAAGACUCAAAAAACUAAUGCACGCUCAGAAGUUGAGGUAACAAUGCUUGAGAACAACAUUGUUGUUUACAAGUUUGUUCAAGAUCUACACUUUUUUGUUACUGGAGGUGAAGAAGAGAAUGAGGUCAUCUUAGCCACAGUUCUUCAAGGGUUCUUUGAUGCAGUUGGCCUUCUCCUAAGAGGCAAUGUGGAGAAAAGAGAAGCGCUUGAGUAUCUAGAUCUCAUCCUGUUGUGCAUUGACGAAAUUAUUGAUGGCGGUAUUAUUUUGGAAACUGAUGCAAGUAUCAUUGCGGGGAAGGUUGCCAGUCAUAGUACAGUUGCUGAAGGAUUUUCUGAGCAGACAUUUUCGCAAGCACUGGCAACUGCAAGGGAACAUCUAACAAGGUCCCUUCUCAAAUGA